AGUUCGGCCAACGGUUUAAGUGUGGCCGACGCUAUGAGCUGCCCAGAUCCAGUGCCCCCGGGCCUCCCAUUUUUCCCCCCUAACUGUUCAAGUAUAUCCGGCGGAUCCUGGUUGGUUGGUGUCGGCCCGAUCCCAUUUGCUUCCGAAGAGCCUCUGAAUAUCGUCAUUUCUGGUCUCAGCUCACCUGAGGUCCUUACUGACGACGGCUUCACCAAUUUUGCUAACUCCAUUGGCUUCUCCCACGGAUGCCUGGGUAUCGAUAACGGCUCCACACAGACGGCCAACCUCGGCGAUGGCAAUGGCUUCAUCCCACAAACCCUGUUGCUUCGUGAGGACUACGGUGUACCAGAUGUCGGCUCCUGCCUCGAUAGUCUCCUCGGCGGUACACGUUUCAGGGUCUUCCGUCAGAACGGCACCGAUGCCCCCACCAAUGCUCUCUUCCUUGCUGUCGCCAUAGAGGACGGCACUAUAGAAGGGGGCCGUACUAUCGCCUCCGACGGCUACGACCUAGGCCGUGACCAAGUGGUAUUAGCCGCUGUCGGUACGACUAGCUUCGCCGGUAUUACCUAUCACACUACAGCUGUGACCUUACACGAGGUCACAGCGAGUGGCAGUCAGGGUGUUAACCACAAUAUCUCCAUCGACGGCAAUACCGUACUUCUAACUAUCGAGAUUAUCAUCUGA